AUGGUCACUCGAAAACCUCUCCCGCCCACUGCGGACCCCAGUCUUACCCCCUCCAUUCCACCUUACCCGGUCACUCCAACUUCUCCGAACAUCCCUUCACCCUUCCAACUGCAGGACGUUCAUAACGCCUCGCAAUCGCCAGAUGGUUCGAACAAUGAGGAGAAUGCCUGGAUUGGAGAAGGCCUGGAAAAGACACUUGCAAAUAAAUCCAACGAGGUCCCGGCAUCGUUGAGAGUUGGCGCACCUGCAUUCACACCGCAAGACUCUCAGGAAAUGCUGAGCCCAGCUACGAAUACUCCAAACCCAUAUCUGCAGAGACAGGCUGAAGGAGGCAUGGUUGAUGGAGGAGAAAGUAGUGCUGAUGCUUGGGGUGAGUCUGCUCAGAGACCCUCGCAACCUUCUGAAGCUCCUCGGCCUCCUGCUGUUCCUAGAGAUCAAGUACCUCUAACCCAACAAUUCGCCAACCUGUCUGUUUCGGAGACAAGCACAAACCCGUGGCAACCAGCACUCAACGAGAAAACGUCUUCGGAAAAUUCCACUGCUAUCCCGUCAAUCCACACACAGGAUUCGGGACAUGAUAUCUGGUCGCAGCCUCCUCCCGCGAGACCGGCGCCUACGGCCCCUGAAGAGCCACCCUUAAUAGAUAUAGAAGAACCUGAAUCUCCAGCUUGGGACGAAGAUGAACCAUCACCAGCGCCAUCACCAGCGGUUCAAGAUCCACCAGCCGGUAAUACGCAGGAAAAUCAGCAGAUAUUAGAAGACCAGCAUGCCUGGGGCGAAAAUCGUGAUCAGGAACCACAACAACACGCAGUGGCAACACAAUACUUGUCCCCAGAAGACUCGGCACAGCAGGGCGAAGGCUGGAAUCUGAUAGAUCAUGAGCCCAUGAACGACGGACAACAGAGUGGGGUAAUAGCAGAUGGAAUGGUGAUUGAACGAUAUCCGAGCGAGCACCCGAGCCCAAACGAACAACCGCCCCCCGACUUGCCUCCACGAAGAUCGCACGAGCAAGCUCCACCUCAGCCUCCACGCCCGGCCCCUGUUACGGCAAAUACCAGUACUUCCUCACUCUCCAGCCCUGGAGCAGCUGCGGCUCGAAGACAAAGGAAAGAGACGUAUCAAAUCAAGAAGAUUACCUGGCACGAUGUCAAUGCUGCUAAGAACCCUAGGGUAUCCCCUAUUAUGGUCCAGAAUGCCAAUGGACCUUGUCCACUCCUAGCUCUCGUUAACGCAUUGACGCUAUCAACUCCUGCGAAUGUGGAAACCGCAUUGGUUGAGACACUUCGAACACGCGAGCAAGUGAGCCUGGGUUUCCUCUUGGAUGCGGUGUUCGACGAGCUUAUGUCUGGUCGACGAGGAGAUGCUGCGCAGGAACUACCAGAUGUGAGCGAUCUCUAUUCAUUUUUAGUCACGCUGCACACUGGAAUGAAUGUCAACCCUCGAUUCUUCCCUCCACCUCCAACAAAUUCACCAGCCGAUCCCCGAAAUUCGAUGUCACACGUCCACCCCGCCGAACGUGACAAAGCUGUCCCAGGUACAUUUGAAGAGACCCGAGAGAUGAAGCUCUACAGCACAUUCUCAAUUCCACUCAUCCACGGUUGGCUUCCUGCUCCGGACUCUCCGGAAUAUGCAGCAUUGAAGAGAUCAGCGCAAAGUUACGAGGAUGCACAGAAUCUUAUGUUUCAUGAGGAGGUGUUGGAGGAGAAGUUGCACCGGGAAGGACUCAGUCUUGAAGAGCAGGCUACAUUGGAAGAUAUCUCUACCAUCAAAGCAUUUUUUAACACAGCUGCCACACAGCUCACUCCAUAUGGCCUCGAAACCAUUACAACAUCUCUAGCCCCUGGUGCCGUGGCCAUAUUAUUCCGGAAUGACCAUUUCUCUACCCUCUAUCGACAUCCCGAAACUUUACAACUACUUCAAUUAGUCACAGAUAUGGGCUAUGCGGGCCACGAAGAAGUAGUUUGGGAGUCACUUAUCGAUGUUAAUGGGGAAAAGGCAGAGUUCUUCUCCGGAGACUUCCGUCUGGUUGGCGGUGCUCCCUCCGAACAUUCGCCCCCCCAUUCGAGAAACCCGUCACAAUCCACCGAAGGAUGGACUACUAUUCCUGUUCGAAAUAAAAACCAACCCCAUCAUAACCAGAGCCUUAGCUCCUCUUCUGCCUAUGAUCAUAACGUCCAGAUGGCGCACUCGCCCAAGACCGAGCAAGAAGACCGUGAUCUUGCCCUCGCCCUCCAACUCCAAGAGGAGGAAGAAGAGCGCCACCGUAGCGAAAUAGCUCGUCGGCGCCGCGAGAGCCAGCUAAGUCAACAAUACAUUGAGCAACAAGGUUCGGGAAGGAACCACAUCCCUCCCAUCCCACGAGCUGGUGGACGAAGUCAUAACCGUGUUUCAAGUGGACCAACCCACAACCACGGUGAUGAUGAACCCCGGCCUGCAAUCCCUCCUCGCAGGCCCGGUCCAGGAGGUCAACCCAUCGGUGGCCAGCCCAUCGAUCCCGAAGCAGGCAUCGACGCACCGCCCCCAAGCUAUGAACAAGCAGCCAACCAGGCCGCGUAUAUCCCACCGGCUCACCACCCGAGCCACCCGAGCGCCAGUCCGUCCGCGCAAAGGAGGCCGAGCGGUUAUAGCGCGAGUAGUCAGUCCCUGGGCCUUUCUCAUAGCACUUCGGGAAGGGCCGGCAGGAGGCCUACAGGCCCGACGCUGAUAGAGCAAAUCGAUGCGGUUGGCAACGCUGCACGGAGGAGAGCCAGCGCGCAAGCCUUGGCUCAGCAGCAACAGCAACAGCAGCAAGACGAGCGGGCAAAGGAUUGUGUUGUUAUGUAG